AUGUGUCGUUCUUCCAACUCAGCCUCUGCUCAAGUGGUGUCUAGUGAUCGGGAAGUUCUUCCAACCAAUGUUACACCACUCCAUUACCAUUUAACUUUAGAGCCUUUAUUUGACACGUUCAAGUUCAACGGGGAUGUUUCUAUUGACUUGCAUGUUAAUGAACGUACCAACUAUGUUACCUUGAACAGUUUGGAAAUUGAAGUUCACGAAGCUAAGAUUAACGACCAUUUGAUCAAAGAUAUUAAAUUUGAUGAAGAUAAACAAACCGUUACCUUCAAUAUCGAUGAUUACUUGGUUAAGGAUGCUGAAGCAACUUUGAAAAUCAAAUUCACUGGGGAAUUGAAUGAUAAAAUGGCUGGGUUUUAUAGAUCUUCUUAUAAAGAAAAUGGUGAAACCAAAUAUUUGGCUACUACUCAGAUGGAGCCAACUGAUUGUCGUCGUGCUUUCCCUUGUUUCGAUGAACCUGCUUUGAAAGCAAAAUUCGAUAUUUCUUUAAUCACCGAAAGAGAUUUGGUUGCUUUAUCUAAUAUGGAUCAUAAGGAAACUAGCCUUUUAGAUAAUGGUAAACAAAAAGUCAUUUUCCAUACUUCUCCUUUGAUGUCUACUUAUCUUGUUGCCUUCAUUGUUGGGGAUUUGAAAUAUGUUGAAAAUAAUGAUUAUCGUGUUCCAAUUAAGGUUUAUGCUACUCCAGGGUCUGAACAUUUAGGUAAAUAUUCUGCUGAUAUUGCUGCUAAAACUUUGGCCUUCUUUGAUAAAAAAUUCGAUAUCCCCUAUCCUUUACCUAAAUUAGAUAUGGUUGCAAUUCAUGAUUUCUCUGCUGGUGCUAUGGAAAACUUCGGUUUAGUCACUUAUAGGACUGUUGAUUUGUUAAUUGAUCCUGAAAAUACUAAUAUUAACACUAAACAAAGAGUUACUGAAGUGGUUAUGCAUGAAUUGGCUCAUCAAUGGUUUGGUAAUUUGGUAACUAUGGAUUUCUGGGAUGGUUUAUGGCUAAAUGAAGGUUUUGCUACUUGGAUGUCCUGGUAUGCUUGUGAUUCUUUAUAUCCAGAUUGGAAAGUUUGGGAAUCUUAUGUUUAUGAUUCUUUACAACAUGCUUUAUCCUUGGAUGCUUUAAGAGCUUCCCAUCCAAUUGAAGUUCCUGUUAAAAGAGCUGAUGAAAUUAAUCAAAUUUUCGAUGCAAUUUCUUACUCUAAAGGUUCUUCUUUAUUAAAAAUGAUCUCAAGAUGGUUAGGUGAAGAUGUUUUCAUUAAAGGUGUUUCAAAUUAUUUAAAAAAACACAAAUGGGGUAACACUAAAACUUCCGAUUUAUGGGAAGCUUUAAGUGAUGUUAGUGGAAAAGAUGUUGUUCAAGUCAUGGAUAUUUGGACUAAGAAUGUAGGUUUCCCUAUUGUUACUGUUAAAGAAUCAGAUAAAGGUGAAAUAAACGUUACUCAAAAUCGUUUCUUAGCAACCGCUGAUGUUAAACCUGAUGAAGAUAAGGUCUUAUAUCCAGUUUUCUUAGGUUUAAAAACUUCCGAAGGUGUUGAUGAAUCAUUGACUUUGAAUGAAAGAUCUAAAACCUUCACCUUAUCUACUUCAGAUGAUUUCUUCAAAAUUAAUGCUGACCAAGCAGGUCUUUACCGUACUGCUUACUCUUCAGAACGUUGGUCCAAAUUGGGUAAAGCUGGUGUUGAAGGAAAAUUAUCUGUUGAAGAUAGAGUGGGUUUAGUUGCCGAUGCUUCUUCUUUGGCUUCAUCUGGUUUCGUUGAAACCACUGACUUAUUAAAUUUGGUUAAAUCAUGGUCUGGUGAAACCAAUUACGUCGUUUGGGAUGAAAUCUUAGAUAGAAUUGGGUCUAUAAAAGUAACUUUUAUGUUUGAAGAUCCUUCUAUUAGAGAAGCUUUGAACAAUUUCAUAAUUGAUUUGAUUAGCACAAAAUUAGAUACCAUUGGAUGGACAUUCAGCCCUAACGAUUCAUUUGCUGGUCAACAGUUGAAAGCCUCUCUUUUCAUGUCUGCUGUUGGUGCUGGUCAUGAAGGGGCUGUUUCUCAUGCUAAGUCUUCUUUCGAAAAAUUCGUUGCCGGAGACAAAGCAGCAAUCAACCCAAAUAUCAGAUCUUCUGUCUUCAAUGUAGUUGCUAGAAAUGGUGAUGAAAAAGUUUAUGAACAAUUAUUAAAUAUUUACACUAAUCCACAAUCUACCGAAGAAAAACUUGCUGCCUUAAGAUCAUUAGGAAGAUUCGAAAAUCCUGAAAUUUUGAAUAAAGUUGCAGGCUUAUUAUUACAAACUGACAUCAUCAAAGCCCAAGAUAUCUAUAUUCCAAUGCAAGGUAUGAGAGCUCAUAGACUUGGUAUUGAAACUUUAUGGAAAUGGUUAACCGAAAAUUGGGAUGAAAUUUAUAAAUUAUUACCUCCAGGUUUGUCAAUGUUAGGUUCCGUUGUCACAAUCGCUACUUCUGGUUUCACCAAAGAUGAACAAAAAGCCGAAGUUAAAGCAUUCUUUGAUAAGAAAAAUACCAAAGGUUUCGAUCAAGGUUUAGCUCAAUCUCUAGAUGUUAUUACUGCUAAAGGUGCAUGGGCUACCCGUGAUCUUAAAGUCAUUAAUGAGUGGUUAUCCGCUAACGGUUAUACUAAAUAA